AUGGAAGAACUCCAACGCGAGUUUUCUAUUCUUGCUCAAUGUUUAUACAAGAUUGGAGGUGGUGUGAUGGUAUCACCACAGGAAAUUAAUGGAGCACAAAAUGAAUUAUUAUCAUUUCCAUCACGAUGUUCAUAUUAUGGAAUUUUACUUUUACAUGUAUCACUUUAUGAUUAUAUUCCAUUCCGAAAUAGAUUUUGUGUUUCGGAUAAUAACAUGUUUAAUUGUUCUAUUCACUUUCCUCUUCAUCAAAUUAUUCAACAAGAAUCACAACUUAAGAAUGUUAUUUUAAAUCCUGCUGUUAGACAAUUAUCAGCAGUUUUAUUGAAGGGUUAUAUUAAAACACAUUGGAAUACUAUUACAUCAGCAGAUUUGAAAAAACAAUUCAAGGAUCUUCUUCCUUUGGGUUUAAUGGUUGGUGAUUUUGAAGUUGAUACACCUCCUGCUUUCCUUUCAAAAAUUAAUACAGCUUUUGGUAUGAGUAUAUCAGAGGCAGCUGAACAUGAAUUUCCUGAGGAAUGGAAUGAUUUGAUUCAAAUUUUAAUUAAUAUUUAUGAAAAUGGUUUAACAAAUCAACAAAAUUUUGCUCAAUCAUUGGGUGCUCUCAAGUGUUUGUCACUUGUUGCUCAACACUUCUCUGAUAAGCAUACCAUUUUCGUUUUUCCAGUUUUAGUACCUUACAUGUUGAAAAUUGCUGAAAAUGCUCAAUUACCUGAUAUUAUUAGAGCUAAAGCUCUUACUGUUUGUUCAGAAAUGUUUUCUUUAAUUGCUAUGGUAUCAGGGGAUGUAACUGAUGAAGAUGAUGAGUAUGUGGAUGAUUAUGGGGAUGAUGGAGUUUAUGAAGAAGCUCCAGAGGAGGGAGAAAGAGUUAUUGAUGAUCGUCUCAUUGAAGAAUCAAAGAAAUUAUUGGCUACUGCUUUGGAGCCAACUAUGAAUAUAGUGUUAGGAGAAAUUUGCAAACCGAUUCCAAAUGUUGAAUCUGAUUGCUCAUUCAAGAUGGAAUGUGUCAAGAUGAUGAAUACACUUAUCAAAGAGUUUGGAAAAACAUUACAACAAGCAAUCAUUGUUGUUUUACAAUCAACUUGUAUCUCUUUGGAAAAGGAAUAUGAAACUUACUUUAAACAUGCUGUUCUUUCGCCAUCUGAAAGUGGUAUUCCAACAAAAGAAAUUGCAGCUAGAUAUGAUAGUGAAGGUGAAAAUGUUAACUUUACAACAGUAAUUUGUCAACAAAUUGAACUUUUGGCGACAAUUGUUUUAAAUCCAAAGCUUUCAACAUUGCUAUCUUCUAGCAAGGCAAAUUUGGUUCAAUUAAUUUAUUUAUUAAUUGGUUACUCUCAAUUACCAGAAAGUAUGACAGAACUUUGGGAAACUGAACCAGAACAAUUUGUCUCUGAGGAAGACAAUCAAUAUUCCAGCUAUAGUAUUAGAAUUGCUUGUGCUAAAUUGAUUGAAGAUUUCCAUGAUACUUAUGAUAAUUUAGCAGUUGAAAGUUUACUUGAAGCAUAUCACAAGAGAAUGCAAGAAUCACAAAAUUUAUAUAUUCAAAAUUCUAAUUCAUGUACUUGGUGGAAACUCAGAGAAGCCUGCUUGAUGUGUAUUUCCAGUUUUACAGGAUUCAGAGAUAGUAUUGAAGAUUAUCCAAAGAUUUUCGAUCUGCCAUCUCUUAUGAAUCAACUUGUUCAAAAUGACUUGAAAGUCAACACAGAAAGCUUGCAAUUUUUGAAAUCGAGAGCCAUCCAAUGUUCAAGCUUCUUCUUAGGACAAAUCAGUAAUACCAAACUAUACAAGAUCAAUAGUCUUGAACUGAUCAAGCAAUUAUUUAUUAUUUAUGUAAAUCACCUUAACGAGCAACAACCACUUCCAUUGAGAUUAUACUCUUGUCAAGCAGUUGCAAGAAUUUUCUGUUUACAUUCACCAAUUUUGGAACCUCUCAUCUCAUCAUUUGGACAAGGAAAGGAUGAGAUUUUACAAAACAUUCUCUUUUGUAUGUGUAAAUUGGUUGAUGAUUUAACAGAUGAAACCAUGUACAUUCCAUUGGAAAGCAUUGCUGUUUUUGUAAAUUUCUUACCUCAUGUUGUGGUUCCUCAAAGCGCCAAUGUUAUUUCAAUUAUGUUGAAUCAAUUGGACAAGUUUUCUAAUGAUCAUGCUAUUUCAAGUGAUAUUAUUAAUGUAUUCGACAAGCUUGCACAAAUCCCAGAAACUGAGGCUCAACUCGUUAACAAUGUCAUUCCACGAAUUGCUCAAAUUUUCACAAGUAGUGGAACUGCCACCAAAUCAGAUUUCGUAGAGAAUUUGCUCAACUUGUCUAAUACCAUUAUUGUUCGUGCAAAGAAGGAAGAUUCUAUUACAAUUUUGAAUUCUCUCUUCCCUAGUUUGAUGUCUCUUGGAUUUUCCAAUGAAGAUCCUUCAUGGAUCCAAAAAAUCAAUGAAUGCCUGAGAUCCAUUGUUCAUGUGAGUGAGGAAAUUCUAGUUCAACACAGAUUUACAAGUCAAAACCACCAAGUUUCUUCAUUCCACUUCUUAUUGGAAUAUAUUUACAGAUUGUUGCAACCAAAUUUCAGUGAAUCAGCUGCUUUUGGUGUUGGCGAAUUAAUUACUGAAAUUUUUACCAAGCUUGGUACUGCACUUAACAUGGAAAUUAUUGGAAAAAUUCUAUCUGCUUGCAUUGUUAAAUUGAAUGUCUCAGAAGAAUUAAUCUUCAUUCAAUCAAUAGUUUUUGUGUUUGCCAAGCUUUUCCAUCAUCAAGAUGUUGUGCAAAUGUUCAACCUUUUGGAAUCAAUCAAGGUUGGAGAUUCUAAUGGGCUAGUUUGUCUUUUGAAUAAGUGGUCCAAGAAUCAACAAUUUUUCUUUGGAGCUUACAAGUUAAAGGUUACAGCAACAGCUUUGGCUAAAUUGCUCCAAACUGGAGAUGAACGUUUGGGAACAGUUACUGUAUCCGUAGAAAUUGAAAAGGAAUCAUCAGGAAAAUACAGAACUAGAUCCAAGUCAAAGACAAAGGAAAGACAAAUGCCAUUUGUUCUUCAUGCAUUUGUUCUUUUGGUUGAUGCUUUUGUGAGAGCAAAGGAAAAUGAAAACGACAAGAAGAAGGAAUAUUCUGCUGAAAGUGUCUUGUAUGGUGGUGAGCCUAUGGGUACAGAUUCUAAUGUUGAGGAUGAUUAUUUACAUCAACUUGUUGAUGAUGACUUUGACGAUGAUGAAGAGGAGUACUUUGACGAUGUCUUGUCAUCAAAAGAUCCAAUUAAUAAUGUAAAUCUUAUUGAGAUACUUCCUCAAGUGAUGAAGGAAUUAUGCCAAGUCAAUCAACAAGUAUUACCUCACUUGGAAAAGAUGUUAACCACUGAACAAAAGAAUGCUUUGAAAGAAAUGCUCAAUAAAUAA